GUAAAAGAACCUUACUUUAUCAUAAUGUGCUAAGCAAAAGACCUUUCAAGCUUAACUUUAAUUUCAUGGUUCACUCCUCGUCCUUGUCCUAUUCUUCCAUCUCCCCAACCUCAGCCUCAUCCUUACAUGCAAUCAAGGCUGGCAACUAAUAGGCCCGGUCAUUCCAAUCCUUCCCUUGAAUCCCUUCCUUUCCCAAUAAUCCUUCCCAUGCACUUUGCCUCCAACACCAUGUCAUCAUGCUCGCCAAGCCUCAAUCUCCAUCCCCUUCCUCCCACCCCUCCAGAUCUUCAGGGGACACCUCAACGUCUUCAGGGGCUCUCUCCAUUUCCCUCCCUCCCCAGCAAGCACGCACACCCUGAGGAUUCUCUCUCGAGAACUGACCAUCCCGUCCCGGUUCCUGACCUCAUCAUUCCCAGAUCUCGAAACGCGACGUUGCAGUUUCUCUAACUUUUCUUUUAGACAUUUCGGCUCUGGUCACUUUGGUGAUAAUUUGACAAAGAAACUUCUCAUCACCGGUCCAUCAACCUGUCAUCAGUGCCCGUCACUUGUCACUACUUACCAACAGCACCUCUCACCAAUCGCAAGUAUGCAGUCACCAUAUUCGCGACAAAGCCCUAUUUAGGCCUGGUCUCUGUCCGUCUGUCUGUUCAUUGCUUAUUGAUUGAUCGCUGCCGGCAAGUCACUCUUCGGAGCAAAAGCAAAAGCAAACUCUCUCGCAGCAGGCGGCGGAUCGGGAACCCGAAUGUGAGAAUGACACGAUGGUACAG